AUGUCCUACUUUAUAUCAUCGAUAUCGCGUAGGACGCAUCAUGUGGAUAUGGACGAAGGAAGGAUAGCUCUAGCUGAUCAAGUUACAAGAUCGGAUAAUGAUCUUUGGAUAUCAAUCGUCAAUGUUGUCAUUCUAUGCUUGACAAUACUCGGAUCAGGUAUGAUACUAGUAUCCAUGUUCGUACUUGAGCGUAUACGUGGUAGACCAGGUACGACAAGGACGAGGAUCGUGCAAGCUCUUAUCGUCAGCGAUUUCUUAUUGGGGGUCGUCGGUUUAAUCAGUUCAUGUUUAUUCUUAUCGGGAGAUGGGAGCGCCAUCGCUCAUGGGACUAUUUCGUGCGAUGGAUUGGGUUUCUUAUUGAUCGCUAUACUGUGGACUGAACAUGGCUGGACACUCAUAUUGGCCUUUGCUACUUUCAUGAUCCUCAUCUAUCCCUUGCAUUGGUUCACACUAUGGAUGGAAAAGAGGUGGUAUUUCUUAUGGGCAUUUGUCUGGGUCGUGUCUUUCGCUGUCGCUAUCUUGGGAUAUGAAUUAUUCGGAUUUUACCCUUCGGGCGGUACAUGUUUCUACGGUGCGAACGCAGGUUUGUAUUCGGAAUUAAUGCAAUUCAUUCCGAGAUGUGUGGUUUGUAUUAUCAUAACCGUGUUAUAUGCCAGACUAUACGUGUUCCUCAAACGGCCUGAUAAGAUCAGGUUGCCCGGAUCCAACUCUGCCACGGGGGGACCAUACGAGACUGUCAGCUCGACGAGCAACAAAGAUAAAGGUGAUUUUAGGGAACGAUUCGGUUCGUUGAUGAGCAACGGACCUUUCAGGAGGAAAAGAGGAAGCAGCGGUGAAGUGUUGUCGGUCCUGCCUGAAGGUCAAUCGAAUAUAUCCUCUUCAUCUAGCACUGAUCCACCUCCUGUAAUUAAGGAGAAAGAGAAAGAACCGACCAGGAGAAACUCGGGGUUCAGAAGACCUUCAUUCUCACCUACUAAAGAAGUACCUCCAUGGGAGAAAUUGGAAUUACCCGCUUUUCAAGUAGACGGAGAGCGAUUCGGUGGACCUUCACCUAGUAGUAUACAUUCAGGAUCGAUUUGGAAUGGAUGGAGGAGUGGACGGAAAAGAUCAUCAACUACCACUGCUUCUACCAAUGUUCACUCACCUUCAUCAAGGUUGAAUUCUAUUUCAAAUUCGGUCAAACACCAAAACCAAAAGGAAGAAAACAAUUUGAGAAGUACACCACCUGGAUUAUACGUUCCCAGAAUGCCAUCAAUCCCUUCAGAAGAUCAUAUUGAUCCUAAAGAUUCAAACCCGAACCGGGAUACUACCCAGACACAAUCACAGUCACAGCAUAAAAGAGAAUCGACAGAUGACACGUACAUCGCCAAAUCUUCUAUCGCCAGUGGUUCAGCUUUAGCGGGAGGUGGUGAAAAGAAAAGAAAGAAAUCGGUUCAAUUGCCAUCAUCACCUAAAAGUACGAUAUCUUCAACAGAAUAUGGGAAUGGUCAUGGAUCUGGACAAUCACCAAAGAUAGAUUCGAGGCAGAGACCUUCAAUCACUAUAUCGGAAGGUAUCGAAUUGACCCCUAGCGAACUUCAAGUAGCAAAUCAAGCUCGACAAGAUGAAUCUGUACCUUGGCAGACGAAUUCCUCUGUUCAACCAUUACCUAAAUUGACAUUACCUCCUCGUUCCGAUAAUCCCUGGUCGACUCUCGAUAGUGGUGUUGGGAGUGGUGGUAGAAGAUCAGCACCGACUACACCUACAUUCUCACAACAAAAAUUCCAACUUACCGCAUCGUCAGUACCAGGAACUCCAGGAGCGUCAGGACCACCAGCACAAAGUAGUAGACGAACGUCGAAAAACGAUGGUGAUCGUGUUAGAACCGAUACUCAAGGAGAUGACACCGAGGACGAGGACGAAUGGGAUUUAGCUAGGAUGUUGGCCCAGCCACCUCCUGGUUCGCACACUGCAGAUGAUAGGUUCGCACCUCGACAAAGUACGACGAAUAACGGUGAAAGUUUUGAACUCGUACCGGAAUCGAUGUCUUCCUAUCUAAAUAGGAAAACGGCUUUGUUGAUGUUAUGGUUCCCUCUUGGAUAUUUGUUCUUAUUCUCUGUAUCAUUGAUACGUUUGAUCUAUGAUUUUGCGGGUAAUCCGCCUAUAGGACUGAGAGCGGUUUCCAAAUGGAUGAUCUUGGCUCAAGGUGUAUUGGAUGCUAUCAUCUACGGAGUAGUAGAAUGGCAUACCAAACGAGUGGUUCGUAAGAAAGUGAGAAAAGGAACUUUCUCACCUCGUAAUGCGGGAACACCGGUCGGUUCAAAGUUAGGUUUCAAUGGAUUAUUAAAGAAUAUAGGAAGUAGAGUGACUGGGACUGCCUCGGCAGGUGGAGGUGGAGGUGGUGGAGGAGGUAUGCAAAGCAAGAUUGAUAGUGGUAGUGGGCAGGAAAUGAAGAAUCCAUCAAGAAGUCAAAUUUCAUCAUUCCACGAACAACAACCUCAAACUCAAUCUAGAAAUCUAAAUACAUCGACAGGGACAGGCACAGGGACAGGAUGGAAUCAAGAAUUCUCAAUGGGAUCCAUGGGAUCCAUACGUGAAGGUAUGCCUACUUCACCUAAUGGUAUACUCAUGUUGGAGGAACAGAUACAUACGAUAAGAGUUGAUGAUGAGAGGAGAGGAUCAGAAAGUCCUUUAGGAGGUGCAAGUAGUCCUAAAAUAUAG